GCCAGCUUUGGGUGGUCUCCUUACAUCAUCUUUUCGGCAGCACCAGGAGUCCUUGGCAGCAGAACGAGAAAGACGACGUCAGGAGAGAGAAGAAAGGUUGCAAAGGAUAGAACGUGAAGAAAGAAACAAAUUCAACCGCGAUUAUUUAGACAAAAGAGAAGAACUAAGACAAGCAAGAGAAGAGAGAUACAAAUACUUGGAGAGGUUGGCAGCAGAGGAGUAUGAGAAGGAGCUGAAGAGUCGAAGUGUAAGCCGAGGCAGAAGUGAGCUGUCCUUGAACCUGAGAUCUCCUUCAUCCCCAUCCUCACCUGUACCCAAGUGCAUCAGCUCAGCAUCCACUGAGUCCCAGGAAGAGCUGAAGACCCCUUCCACCCCUUGUGGGACCCCUCAGCCCUCAGAAGUGAGUGCCAGUGAACCUGAACCAGAGACAGAGACAGAACCAGAACCAGAGCAGGAGGCUGAGGCUGAGGCCGAGCAGGGAACGGAGACACCCAAGGAAAUAGAGGCUACAGAGGUGGGACCAAAGAGUGAGGUGGAGCAAGGACCAGAGAGAGAGCCAGAAGAAAGUGCAAUACUCAGUGAAAAAGAGAGGCAGAAUGAGGAAGUGAAUGAAAAAGACAACUGCUCUGCAUCCAGCAUAUCCUCAGCAAGCAGCACUUUAGAGAGGGAAGAGAGAGAGGACAAGUUAACCAGUGACAAUGAAACUGGUCCAUGGUCACAGACCAUUCAGGAUGCUGGUGUGAAUGAGCAGUGCAGCAACAUCCUCAACAACAAGCGUUUUAUGCUGGACAUGUUGUAUGCGCAUAACAAAAAGCCCAAGGAUGAAGAGGAGAAGGAGCUGGAGGCGAAGGAGGAAAAGAAGGAGAUGGAGGAAAGCGAGGAGUCACUCACUAGCCUAGCCAGUAGGAUCUCUAUACUUCAGGCCACAAAGCAGGCCAAAGAUGAAAGUGUCAAAAAGAUGGAGAUCGGAAAUCUGGACAACCAAGGCAGUGUGAAAGCCUUUGCGGAAAAAUUUAACAGUGGUGAGCUGGCCAAGGGGACAGCUGUGCCUGAAGAUGAAAUCAGUGAACAGGUCCCCGAGAAAACACCAGCACAGCCAAAGACAGAAUCUGACUACAUCUGGGAUCAGCUCAUGGCUAAUCCUAGGGAACUUAAAAUCAAAGACAUGGAUUUUACAGACUUGGGGGAGGAGGAUGAUGUAGAUGUGUUGGACAUGGAUAUGGGUCCUGGGGACUCCCUUGUUCCCCCUCCUCCACCUCCACCUUCUUUUCUUGGUUUGCCUCCUCCACCACCUCCCCCACUGUUUGGAUGUCCACCUCCACCUCCACCCUCCGCUAAUUUAUUGGCUCCUCCUCCACUGUUCAGCACUCCUCAGGGUUUAGGGUCACCCCAGGUUUCUAGGGGUCAGCCAGCAUUUAUAAAGAAGAAGAAAACCAUCCGUCUGUUUUGGAAUGAGGUACGGCCGUUUGAGUGGCAGUGUAAAAACAACAAACGCUGCAGAGAAUUCCUGUGGUCGAAACUGGAACCCAUUAAGGUGGACACUUCCAAACUGGAGCAUCUCUUUGAGUCUAAAUCCAAGGAACUGCCUGUCACAAAGAAAACUGCUGCAGAUGGGAAGAGACAGGAGAUCAUUGUAUUGGACUCAAAACGAAGCAAUGCUAUUAAUAUUGGCUUGACUGUGUUGCCCCCUCCACGGACUAUCAAGACUGCUAUUCUGAACUUUGACGAAUAUGCCUUAAACAAGGAAGGAAUAGAGAAAAUCCUGACCAUGAUCCCAACCGAGGAGGAGAAGCAAAAGAUCCAGGAGGCACAGCUGGCAAACCCCGAUGUCCCCCUGGGCAGCGCCGAACAGUUCCUUCUCACCCUCUCCUCCAUCAGCGAACUCUCUGCCAGGCUCCAGCUCUGGGCUUUCAAGAUGGACUACGAGAUAGUGGAAAAGGAAGUUGCAGAACCACUUUUAGACCUGAAGGAAGGAAUGGACCAACUGGAGCACAAUAAAACUUUGGGAUUUAUCCUUUCUACUCUACUAGCCAUUGGGAACUUUCUGAAUGGAACCAACGCCAAAGCUUUUGAGUUAAGCUACCUCGAGAAGGUUCCAGAAGUCAAGGACACAGUGCAUAAGCAGUCCCUCCUGCACCACGUCUGCACUAUGGUGGUGGAAAAGUUCCCAGACAGCACUGAUCUUUAUUCAGAGAUCGGGGCCAUCACUAGGUCAGCCAAGGUUGACUUUGAACAACUCCAGGAAAACUUGUGUCAGAUGGAAAGGCGAUGCAAAGCAUCAUGGGAUCACCUCAAGGCUAUAGCAAAGCAUGAAAUGAAGCCAACUCUAAAGCAAAAAAUGUCUGAGUUCCUUAAAGACUGUGCAGAAAGAAUCAUAAUCCUGAAGAUUGUUCAUAGAAGAAUAAUUAACAGGUUUCACUCCUUUUUGUUAUUUAUGGGCCAUCCUCCUUAUGCAAUACGUGAAGUCAACAUCAAUAAGUUCUGCAAAAUUAUUAGUGAAUUUGCUCUGGAAUACCGCACCACCAGGGAACGAGUUUUGCAGCAAAAACUGAAACGAGCUAACCACAGGGAAAGAAACAAGACCAGAGGGAAAAUGAUAACAGAUACUGAUGAAGAAGAGGAUGCUGAGUCCGGCAAGUUCUCCAGCAGCUCGCCUCCCUGCCAGAGCCAGCCCCAGGGGCUGGAGUACGCCGAGGACGCUGCAGAGCAUGAGAACAUGAAGGCUGUGCUGAAGACCUCCUCCAUCAGCAGAGAAAGCACCACGGCGCUCGGGGUCCGCACUCGAAGCCGGGUCAGCCGAGGCCGUAUUGGUUCGUGGAAUGCUGGCAAUGACGAUUCCCCUAAUGCAACAGAUGAUGCAGCAGAUGAGAUCAUGGAUCGCAUUGUAAAGUCCGCCACCCAAGUGCCAAGCCAGCGAGCGGUGCCUAGAGAGAGGAAGCGGUCACGAGCAAAUAGGAAGUCAUUGAGAAGGACACUAAAGAGCGGACUGACACCAGAAGAAGCCAAAGCACUGGGCCUCAUCAGCACCUCUGAGAUGCAGGUUUGA